AUGGCAUAUACUUGGGUGACAUCACCUCCGGCCAUCGUUGGGUUCGUUUUGAGCCAUGUUGCUCGAGAAGCAGCAUUGGAUCACACCCUCGCCCGGUACGCUGCAGUCAACAGGGACUGGCGCCUAUGUUCGAAACUCCCUGAACUGGAGGAGCUCUGCCUUCAAGAUGUGCAUUAUCACAACGAGCACACCAAACACCUCCAGAUCGCAGAACUCACCCCGAGACUCCCUACCAACCUGAGGCGCCUGCAUGUACUGGGUCAAGGCGGCAGAGAUCCCAAGGGCGUGUGUCGAUUUCUCGUACAACGCUUGGUAUGGUUCGGCGUAACGACACGACUGCAGGAGCUCUCUAUAACCACGAGCGGAAAUGCUGCAGAGGAAUUCUUCGAAUGUCUCAGGAAUUUGGUACCUGGCUCCUCGGCCAGAGGGACCUGCCACUGGUCGGCGCUGCAGUUCCUCACCCUCACUUGUUCUCUCCUGGAGCCAGGCGCUGCGCACGCUGCUGUCAACCGCCUACUCCACCAAGCUGGAAUGACGGCUCUUGGUCUGCCGAGAUUGCGGGAGUUGCGGCUGUUGAGCUACAAUAUAAUGGAAUGGGGUGAGCUCGAUGGCUUCUUGCGAUACGUCGCCAAAGGGCAGGAGAAAGAUGUCACUACAUACUUUGCAUCUGAACAUAUUCGUAUGGGGCGACUGGUCACGGACACCUGGAGAAAUGUCGCAUGGGAGAGCCACCGGUCCGUAUUACGAUUGUCAUCGAGCGCAACUCCCCCGUCGCCAUCCCUUGCAGUUGAAGGCCUCUUUGGUGAGCAUGGAGGGUCUGCGUUUGAGAACACUCAGUACCCACGGCCCCAUUGGACCGCAAGUGAGGUCAUGUGGAACCUAUUAGGCGCUUUUGUAUUCUUUGUGGCAUUGGUUUCGUUGUUAUCACUGCUGGUUACGCAGAUACCAUCAAAAGUGUAG